AUGUCUGGAAACAAGAUGCUUGAGGCGCUCAGCGAUGACGGUGAUGCCGUAGACCUCGUCCUGCGGUCGACGAGGGCUGAAAUCCUCGAAGAAUUUGAUAUUGACCCACAACUCCUUUCUAUGCCGGAGGCACCUGUAUUUGAGUCUUCACCUCAUAUUCCAGCCCUCGUCACGCCACUGCCUCACGCUCCUCAUCCUGCUACUGCCAAUGUCAGUGACGCCACUUCUGCCAGUUCAGCCAUCGUUGGAACCGAUACUCAGCCCCACGCAACGAAGAAGCGCAAGGCAGAUGACACCAUUGUCAUCUCCGACAGCGAACCCGACGAUUCUGGCCAACCAAAGGGAAGUAUGGCAUGCAAGCUGCCGCCCCCGCAAAAUCAUGCGGCAUUUGACAUCUCCAAGUCAGGUAAGUUCUCUGCCGCUUACUUCACUUACCUCGGGAUUCCAUCAGCCACAUUGGACUGCUACCUCAAGCCCAGGAGCAGGUUGCCAUACUGCAAAGCUCCUCUCUCGCGGCCGCUGACGGCCAUCAGCACCGGCACUCCCAGCCAACCUCAGCCCAAGGUCACAUCCAACUCCACUCCACAGAUUGCAGUGAGCAGCCCUGCCGCAAGCGAUCUCACACCCAUUGCAGUGACAAGCCCUGCCGCAAACAAUCUCACACCCAUCCCGAGGCCUCCGGGGAUGACACGUUCUCAGCAUUUCUUCACGAUCGCAUCAAGAAUUGACGCCCGCGCCAUGCAAAUCUCUGGCAACAUCGAGUUUCAUUUGUUUAUGGACAUGAGGGCCGAGUUUUCGUGGAUCUCUUUCAAGAUGACGCCAAAACAGUGGGCUGUAGCUACCGAGUCCUAUAACUACCGUCUCGAGGAGAAGAACCGCGCUAAUGGGUUUGAAACAGUGAGGAAGAACCCCCAGGCCCUUCUCCGAAAGCUCGGCGAGAUUGAAGUGGCUGUCAUGAACCGUGUGGCAAAGAACAACUUCAAGUCUCAUUCCGGCUCAGAAACGUUCUGGAGAAGGCACUGUCACGCUAUCGAGCUCAUCAAGGCUGAGCCUGGGAAGAAGAUCCGCAAGGCACACACAUGCUCCCGCUGCAAGACAAUCAUGUACCCCGGUCCCGAGAACUCAGGGUACAACCACAGACGGGGCUUUUGUGCCGACGGCGCCAAGCAGGUGUCCAAAAAUGAGCCGCCUCCACCCUGGCCACAGCCACCAGGCAUAUUCUCUGAAGGCAAGCGCUUCCAUCCGCGUGCCUUCCUCGAAAUCGUCAAGCAAAUAUACGAGCAAGUAUUCCUCCGGCCAUCUGGUGAAAGCCCUGCACUCGAGCAGGAGGCAUUUGCAAUGAUGCUGCUCGACCGGUCAACAACACUCGAAGAGUCAGGGACUGUGCUGUUCAAGCUGUAUGAGGAGCUCGAGAUUGACGAAUCGACGCCAGACGCACUGCUGAUUGUGCACAAUGGUGUCAAGCACCUUCGCGUCGAGUAUCUCCAGGAGCAUUGGGCCUCGUAGUAAUUCCGAUCUUUCAAUUCAGGUGUUCUUGUGCUUGUCUUUUUAAGUACCUCACAGUUUCCUUUCCCCCUCGCUACUAAUGGUUCAGAUUUUGUAUAUAUUUACAUUAUCACGCUUCUAUCAAGCCCCGCCCUUGCUUCGCAUCAUUCUCCUUCCCCCCCUUCCGCACGUUAGUCUCGUUCUUCCGUCCCUCUGUUUUUUCAACUUAUAUCACGUGACUUACGAUUGGUCUCGCAAUGGUCGUUCACGUGCACGACCAUUUUGGCGUCACGUGAGACCAAAAAUGGUCCACCCCUUCGCAUGUCGAUGUUGCC